UCCGUCUUUCUCUUCUCAAUCGAUUCACCCACCAUACUCUCUUCAUCCUCACCGCAACCCACCACUCUUUCUCUCCGAAGGAAUGAGCCGGUCGCAAGGAUCAUCACUUAAAAGAAAACGGCCAGACACAAACACAGCCUCUCAACCUCUGCUAGAUGCUGAGCGUGUUCUUUAUGAUCUGAUACGAAGUAAAGAAGACAUGGGAAUCUGGACACGAGACAUGAAACGGGAAACAAACCUCCCUGACAAUGUGGUCACUAAGUCCCUCAAGGCUCUCCAGGUCAAAAAAUUAAUAAAAGAGGUAGUGAACAUCCAAAGUAAGGGGAGAAAACACUACAUGGCGGUAGAGUUUGAACCAUCAAAAGAACUUACUGGAGGUGCAUGGUAUGUGGAGGGGAACCUUGAUACAGAAUACAUAAAGAUUCUUAAAGAGACAUGCGUAAGGGUCUUAUCUAAGCUGAAGGUUGCUACAGCAGAGGGAAUUUCAGAGUCAAUAAAUAAGACAGGUCUCUGUGCUACUGAAUGCUCUACCCAACAAAUUGCAGAGAUAUUGAGGGCUUUGGUAUUGGACAAUGAGAUUAUGGAGGUGAGAAGUUCUGGUUCUGGGGAAUUUUCUUCUAUUCCCAUUGGGGCAGUUUGUUAUAGAUGCACAAAUAAGGGAGGCCUUGGAGGAGGGGGUCCAACAAUAGGGGCCAUGGCUUCAAUUCCGUGUGGUGUUUGUCCUCGGAUAACUCAGUGCACACCGGAUGGCAUCAUCUCGCCAAAGACCUGUGCCUACUACACCAAGUGGUUGGAUUUUUAAACACAUUUUAUUCAGAUUUUUAUAGGAAGUUACAAACAAAUUUUAUUCGUGUGGCAUUGCAUAGCUUGGAUGCCCCUUAUUUAUUUUAAUGAAUUUCAUUCAUGUCCUCUGUAGACUUACCUAAUCCCCUCUAUGCCUUACCUUUGUUCGAGUGUCUUUGUUUCAACCUCCAUUGUUUAAGUUAUAUACACCUAAGCAUUAUUAAUCUCAAAUUUUAUCAAA